UUAGCCCAGCCAAUCACAUUUCCCAAGUUAUCACAGACCUUGUUUACAAUAUAUUUUAGCUGAAUCAUGGUGAAUUUUUUUUUUACGUUGAUAGGCCAUAGUGAGUUGGGUUGACCUACUGAUUAUUUGUGAUAUAAGAGACGAGCUCGGCUGACUUCCGAUUCAUUUUUAGUGCAGUUGCUCUAGAUUCUAGGUAUUUUGCUCCCAAAGUCACAACUAAGAACAAAAUGUCUCAAAAGUCGUAUUCAACAGGCUCCACAUUCCCACCAACGAAGCCAGGGGUUCUCCGCCUGUACAGCAUGAGGUUCUGUCCUUAUGCCCAGAGAACACGAAUGGUGCUGGCACAUAAAAAUAUUCCGUAUGAGACUAUUAACGUCAAUUUAACCAAGAAACCUGAGUGGUUCUUUGAAAAGAAUCCACUAGGUCUAGUGCCCAUUUUGGAGCUGGAUGACAAAAUUGUGUUCGAGUCAACUGCCACUAGCGAGUGGUUGGAUGAUGUUUACCCACAGAAUAGGCUACAGCCAAGCGAUCCUUACACCAGGGCCUGGGAUAGGAUUCUACUUGAAUACUAUGGAAAGAUAACAACUGCAUUCUAUGGUUUUAUGCGCCAGCCAGAAGAAAGGGAGAAACAUUUAGAAGAUUUCUUGAAACAUUUUGCGUUUUAUGAAGGAGUUCUUUCUAAAAGAGGCGGACUGUUUUUUGGAGGGGAUAACCCUUCACUGAUUGACUUCUACAUUUGGCCACAUUUGGAGAGGUUACCUCUCCUGGCCACAUUUAACCCAAAGCUUGUUAUAGACAAGGCCAAGUUCCCCAAACUGGCAGCUUGGUAUGAUGCUAUGCUACAAACUCCAGCUGUUAAAGCCACAAAGAUGAGUCCUGAGAGCCAGAUGGAGUUUUUUAAGUCGUAUUCAUCUGGUGCUCCUAAUUAUGAUGUUGGCUUGGAAGAGUAAAAUAUAGUCUUAUAAAUGGAAGAAUUUUAAAAGAAAAUUAUAAUCUUGAUUUUUAAAAUCAAUUAAAUUGGGCCUAAGUGCAUCGCUUUUUAUAAAUUUUAAUAAAACUUGAUUUAAAUUGUAUAACACUUAGCUUAAUAACACUAAAGUUAUUAUCAAAGCAUAGGCUUCAUCCUUAAACUCGAAUGUGCAGGACUUAAAAUAUAAAUUUAUUUUUAUAGAAAACUUGCCAAAUCUUGCUCAAACAUUUUAGUUGUUUAAAUAUACACAUUGAUUUUUUCUUAUCAUAUAGGCAGUUUGGAAAAUGAAUGUUUUAAUUGUUUUAUGUAAUCUCAAACAAAACUUUAUUCAUUUUUAUGUAAAGGCACUUGUUUAUAUGUUACUCUGAAAAAGCCAUACAAUUGAAAACUAUGUAUUUUUAUAUUUGAUUACCUGUAUACAUUUUGUUAAUUUUUUCACUUGUCUUUACACCAACCAAAAUAACAAUGUGAAGAUCAUGUUUCUGUAGCCUACAAAUUGUUUUUUUAAGCCUUGUCUUUCUUCAAUUUACAAGUGUUGUUUUCUUUUGCUGUACAUUCUUAUUGUUUAAGUCUAUUUGUCUGGGAUGUACAGCCUUUCCUGUUUCAUAAUUCUCCCUGCAUUAAGUAUUUACAGACCUCAUUUUAAUUUGAAUACAGGUGUUAUACAAAGCUAUGUUAAUGCUAAUUUAGUAUUGCUUAUAAAUAUUAUUUAUAGUUAUAAAUUAACCUCCAUAUGUUGGUUGGGGUGGUGAUUACCUUUCACAUCCACCUGUUGAGUCCAUAAAUAAACACAAAGAAUAAGAUCAAAUUCCAUUUCUUCACCAGAUAUAUCAGGGAUACAAUCUUAUUUUGUUCCAUUACGUUAAUGUAUUUCAAUGAAGUUUAGAGCCUAUUCCUUUUUUAAUGGAAUGCAAGAUGAGCAGUGUUGAUGUUCCCCUAUCAUUAUAUCAAUGCUGAACUCUGCCAAAGUGUCAUUAAUAUUCAAUGAAUAUAUUAUCAAGUUAACACUAUAGGUUUCAAACAAGAUAAAUAAGAUAGGAUCAUUGUAAACUUAUAGUUUAAAAUAAAAUUGUUUUUUUUUAAUUGGUUAACCAUUUCUUGGAAAGUAGUGAAUCAACUGGUGCUUUACUGUCGCUAGUCUUUUGAUAUUUUUUGUGAUUGAAUGUGCUUAUACAGAAUAAAUAAUUAUAAUUAUGAAAAUAAUUAAUUUUUUUUAAAAUUUAUUGAUUUGUCAGUCUACUACUACCAGUGCUAAAAUUAGUGAGUUAUACUCUCUCUUAAAGGAACGGAAUUAGCUUUAGCAAUGUGAAGACUCUUCAAAACUGAUAUUUAUAACAGAGUAUAUAACAUAAGAUAUAUGAUUUAA